AUGGAUCGAAACGACCAUCGCUUUUGCCAGCUUCGUGCCAUUACUUCAACAGAAUUCAACUCCGUGAUUGAAGAUCUUCGUAGCCAGAUCAACACUCUCAGAGAGACUCAGCAAGCUCAGAUAGCCAGGAUACUCUACCGUCCAAAUACCUCUCUUCCGGACCCAGAAAAAUUUACUGGAAAUGCUGUCAAAUUUGAUACCUGGAUUACCUCGAUCCAAGCUAAGCUUUCCAUCGAUGGUGAAGCUAUUGGCAACUCCAAGGCCCAGUUCUUUUACGUGUAUUUUAAUCUUGACUCUACGGUGCAAGCGAUGAUUCUCCCUCAAGUGGCUCACGCGAAUUCGGUUAAUAUCUACGACUAUCAGGCUAUUCUCGAUCAGCUAACGCACGUUUACAUGACCCCAAAUAUGUUUUAA